GAACGCAGCUCUGCAGCCUCUCCCGGUAGAUUUGGAUUGGACUGACGAGACGACACCAGAAGAAGAUGGGGGACGAUCUGGGCGAUGAGUGGUGGAAUCACGGGGGUAACUCAGAUGUGUCUGAUAAAGAAGAAGAGGUAGAGGAGAAAAAAAGCCUGUCAGAGCAGCAACCGACACAGACCAAAACCGGGAAGAAGAGGAAGGGUUUAACAGAGCCGCUAGCGAAGGCACCGAAGAAGAAAAAGGCUGGCCAGGAGUCUAUCGUUGUUCAGGAAAAGGAACAAGAUGACGCUGACAAGGCAGCGAACCCCAAAAAGAAAAGGAGGAAAAAGAAGACCAUCACAGACGUUCUGGCGGUGUCUGAGCCUAAAGCAGGCUGCCCAGCGGACCUGCAGAAGACCGUCAUCGAUUACUUCUCAGACAAGCGCUCCGUUAUCGAGAUGGAGGAGCUGGAGUUGAAGGACUCCAAUUUCCUGACAUGCAACGACUUGACCCACAGCUUGUCCUCCUAUCUGAAAGAAGUUUGCCCCAAAUGAGCCAAGGUCCAGAAGCAGCACACUGAGAAGAGCUCCGUGCCCCUCCUCAUCGUCUGCAGCUCCGCCCUGCGAACCAUCGAGCUCAUUAAGCAGCUGACCACCUUCAAGGGCGACGCCAAAGUGAUGAAACUGUUUGCGAAACAUAUCAAGGUGGAGGAGCAGGUGAAGCUACUGCAGAAGGGGAUCACCCACAUCGGAGUGGGCACGCCUGCCAGGCUCCAGGCUCUGAUAGAGAAAGAGGGCUUAAGCUUACAGUCCUUGACACACCUGGUGCUGGACUGGAACUGGAGGGACGUGAAGUACAGAAGGAUGGCUGAUAUUCCAGAGGUCAAAGUGGACCUGCUGAAGCUGCUGGACACAGGGGAGCUCAAAGGAUGCAGGGAAGGCAAGGUCAAAAUUGGCCUGUUCUAAGUAAAAGCUGACUUUGAUGAUUGCUCCAAUCUUUUCUUAAUGGCUUCCUGAGUUCUCUGUUGUGUUUUUCUGUAACAAUGCCAUCCGCUAAUUGUGUUGAUUUAGUACUUUAAAAGACAUUGUCAUUACUUUGAUGUUUGCUUAUUUGUCAAGGUCAACACUGAGUCCCACUGGGAAGAAUUUAAUAAACGGAGCGGGAACAGAG